GACCUGAUUCUGCUACACCUGAGAAGUGCAUCACACCAGCUCUCCCCACUCAUGGGAUUCGUGCCAUGUGAAUUUGGCAAAACUUGAUGCUACAUGUCCACCUGGCAGCCUCUGGAAACGCUGUACUUGCACUCGAUGUGGAGGAGUUCAGCAACCAGCUCGGAAUCAACCCACGGGUGAGAGCUUUGAAGGAAUACCUCGCAAACCAAAUUGGGUACUCCAGGUUUCGGCAGAAGCUCUUGUUGCAUAAUGCUGAAGUGCAAGAUGAUGAGAUUUUGGUAUUGCCACUGAGUCUGCAACUGGUAAUCUUAGACUUUUGGCCAGCUGAAGCCGAGCAAGACAUCCAGUUUCUCCAUGCUUGCAGAAGAAAUUGGAUCAACGAAGUUGAACGAAUGCUCCAACGGCCUCAUCAGCCGGAUACCAGCGACGAAGCUGGUCGCACUGCUUUGAUUCAUGCAAGUAGUGCUGGUCAUUCUCCAGUGGUACGUUUGUUGCUCAUGGCAGGUGCUGAAGUAAACAGAGCAGAGCCCCUUCGGCGUGGCCUUGCAGCCUUGCACUUUGCUGCUCAUUUUGGACACUCUGAAGUCGUUCGCUUGUUGUUGGAGAGUGGUGCCGACAAAGACCAACUGACCAUAGGUAGUGGCUGGACACCUUUGCAUCUUGCAGCCAGCAGUGGCUCUGUUGAAGUUGCAGCCUUGUUGCUGGAUCAAGGUGCUGACCAGCAUGUUCCACAUUCCGAGGGUGGGUUCGUGGCGCUGCAUUUUGCUGCUCUUCACGGACAUUCAGAAAUUGUGCGUUUGCUGCUGGACCAUGGUGCUGACAAAGACACGGCUGCCAUAGACAGUGGGCGCGCAGCUUUGCAUUUUGCAGCACAUCGUGGGCAUCUGGAUGUUGUUCGAGUAUUGUUGGAAGCUCACGCUGACAAAGACAAAGCUGAGACAGACAGUGGUUCGACUCCUUUGCAUUUUGCGGCUCUUCAUGGCUACUGUGAAAUUGCGCGCCAGUUACUAGAACAUCGCGCACAGGUGGACCAAGCUUCAGAUAGCUAUUGCACAGCCUUACAUUUUGCCGCCAGCUCUGGCCAUGCCGACCUUGUGCGGCUGUUAUUGGAACACGAGGCAGACGCAAGUUUGACCGAGUCAGAUGGUUGUACAGCUUUGUAUUCAGCACUCCUUAAUGGCCAUUUGCACGUGGCAGAGCUGCUGCGUGGACAGGACAGUCCAAGGAUUGACGAAGACGAUUGAUAGGGGACGGGCGUAGCGCGGCC